UUCUUUUUAGGCCUUUUAAUCAUCCUGAUUGCUUUGGCAGUGGUGUUUAUUAUAGCUAUUAUCCUAAUGGCAAUGGCGUACAAAAGGUAUAGGAGAAAUCGAAGCUACCAGAAAGUAAGUUUGAUGAUGGUGAGGCCGUAUCAGAAAUCAGGCAACGGGACUGUCGCCACAGAGGCACAAACGCCGCCGUCACCGGUUAAAACACCUACUCCCAAAAAACCGGCCAGAACAACCAGCAUGAAACAAGACAAAGUUCUCUUGGACAUUUCACAAGGCAACUUCGUUUCCCAGAGUGACCAGUUCGUUCCAGUCACUCGCGAUGACGUCAGUUGGAACUUACCGUUUAUCGAUGCAUCACGGGAAACUCUGGAUAAUUUAGAUGAAAGGCAGCCGGUUAUGACGCGAAGAACAAUAAUUCUUAGUGAGAGCGAGGCAAACAAUCUUAAUAUAGGUCAACCGAGCGCUUCAGUUGAUUUGGAUGGCAAGGUAUCUCAUACCGAACAAGAUACAGAUGCUCUUGAAAGCGAUCCAUUGUUAAGAAACGAUGAGGACGAUGAUGACAUUUUUGACGAUAACAUCGACUGUCGUUUACCAAGGUCGCCUAGUGAACACAUAGACCAACUGUUCAGAAUGUCCCUCAGUGGGGAAGAUUAUUGAAUAGUUAAUUCGAUAAAACGUGAAUGUUUAGUCAUGCAAGAUGUACUUUCGAACUUUAUAUUGCUGUUUGUUUCUCUUGAUGUGUAGUAAGCUGCAACCAUGCUAAGCUUGCAGAAGCGUUAAGACUUAUUCUGUUCGCCUUUUACCAAGAUACGUGCAAUGCAAUAGUAAAUAUGUUGGCUGAUUUCUGCAUUGUUUCUUUAUGUCGCAUAUACGUAUGUUUGAGCAGUAACACGGCAUUGCUUAUUGUUUUGUAAUAUUUGUUCAUGUUGUACAUUAUUCUCUAUGUUCGUGUUAUUACAUAUUUGUUUUAGUUAAGAAGCUAGGAUCAUCUGAAGCUUUAACGGGAGGAUUCAAAUUACCUGUCCAGUAAUACUUGUUGUUGUUUAGGACAAUAGGUGUGUUAAAACCUUUAACACUGUUUUAUCACGAAAUCGUACCCCAAUUGUUGAGAUUGUCAAUAACGAAUCAACCCGAUUUUCAAACGUCUUGGAAAACUACUCUUAUUGUUGAUUCAUGUAGGAUAAUAUAAUAGAAACUGAUUUGAACCAAAUACAAUAUUGUUUCUGUAUCUAUAAUUACCAAGACUUUUGCGAAAUGACAUGUCUGGAAAGGGAGUUAACUGAAAAUGAAAAGCAACACCUUAGUCUCACGUUCGCUUUCUCGGCGCGGCGAGACAAGACACAAACUUCAUUUUCCUCGUAGAUAUUAUCGUUGCAGAAAUUUGUUUUGCUGGUUAUAGAUUUUUUAAAGUGUAGUUUUAUAACCUUCGCUUGUGUUUUUAAAAACAACCCUUCGAUCGUAACAAAUUAAAGACAAAACAAACGAAAAUCUUUAAGAUAUGUCACCAGGAAUCAGUUAAAAUUGAUAACGAGAUCAAAGGGGGAUAUAUUGUAAGGUCAUAUCACAACCAUACAUUUUAAAAGAGAACAAAAUAAGAUAUAUUGACUGUUCAAUAGUGCUUGAUAUAAAUAUAAAUAAAUAUAAAGGUAUCAAUAUUGUUGUUACUACAUUUACCGGUGAUACAUUUCAACAUUUGUAGGUUAUCUUAAAAGAACGUUUAUAAGUUGAAGCUGACGAGUAGUUGUUCUAUGUAUAAAUGAUAUUCAUUAUGAGUUAUAUCAACAUACUGCUCGUGAAAAAAAAAUGCCGAUGAAUCUUGCAAAAAUACAUUGACAUGUUCGAAUAUCAGAAUCAUUACCCCGAAAAGAUAAAUGCAUUUCAUUAUACCAUUUAGUCAUGUUCACGCUUAGUCAAUAUAUAUUACAUACCAUUUUAAAAACUAUGCACAUAAUAUGAAGCUUAUGGACUCGAUGUGUUUACUUGAAUUAACACACCACAUGAUUAGAUACAUCGUCAUGUGAAUUCUAAAUGGUGUGUAUAUGUAUGAAAAUGCUUAAUAUAGUCUAUAUGUAGAAAUAAUGUAUGCAAAGCAAAUGCUUAAUUCUGUGAUAAUUACAAAAUAGCAAGACUAUUGAAUAAUCGUUCUAAGCAAAUGUUACGUAAAGAGAGAUAUUUCAAAGUGUGAAACAACUGUUUGAUUUUGAUUUACGUGGUCUAAAAGCCGUUCAAGUGCAUCAAGGAGAUGGGAACAUUUGCAAUGACUACACGUGUAACGUUAAUAGUACUUCAGCAACUGACAUGCCUCCAACUGCAAUGCUGCUAAAAUCAGUACUUACAUCUGGAACGGAAAUAUCUACAAUUCAUACACCUCUUUUUCACAAGAGAAUCGACUGUGGCAUUUAUUUGAAACGCCAACAACUGCAGCUGAUAAUCAAGGGAAGUAACUACAAACGGAUGCACACUCUACCAUUCAAAGGGAGAUAACACUGGAAACUACGAAAUGUUUACAAGUUUUAGACAAGCUUAGAAGGUAUAUAUGGAUACAUAGUAAUUGAAGAGUGAACGUGGAGCAGAAUAGUAUGCAGGAUGGAGAUCAAAUUCGUGAUAAGUGAACGAAGAGCAGAAGGUUAUAAAAGGUGGAUAUAUACUAGCCCCUGUGUACCGUCUGCGUACAUUCACCGCGGAUGUCCGUCCUAAGUCGGUGACGCCUUGUCUACGACACGAGUACAACGAACAAGGACAAAGACCACAGUCAUUGUUUCUCACGUGGUAACAUUAGCCACAAUGACGUCUACUAUUGGAACAACCGAACUGCAUAAACCAAACUAUGGAAAGUUGGAGAAAGACAGCGAGGUAGAUGAUGACCGCAAAAAAUACGAACCUUCAGGACUUGUUAUGCUAAUGAUAGCUUUAGUGGUGGUUUUACUAAUUGCUGUCAUCUUACUCGCAUUCGCUUAUCACAGGUAUAGGAGAAAUAGAGCCGACAAAAACAUCAAUUCAACGGUGGCUAAGUCGUACCAGCCGAAAAGCAACGGGACAGCAGCCACAGAGACACAGACACACCCGUCCCCCCCGGUUAAGUCCCCGUCCCCCCAAAAACCGGCAAGAUCAAGCAUGAAACAAGAUCAAUCACGAUUAACUUCCGACAAAGUUCUUUUGGACGUUUCCCAGGGUAAAUUCGUUUCCCAGAGUGACCAGUUUGUACCGGGUGACCAGUUUGUACCGGGUUCACGCGAUAACGUCAGUUGGAACUUACCUUUCAUUGACGCAUCACGUGAAACUCUGGAUAAUUUAGACGAGACGCAACCGGUAACAAAGCGCACGGGCGCAAUUCCAAGCCAAAACAAAGCCACGAACUCAAAUGUACCGGACAUUUCGGUUAAUACUGAUAACAGGAUAUCUCAGUCAUCUUUAGAACGAGAUACGGAAGAUCGUGAGAGGGAGCCAAUGUUGAAACCCGAUGACAAAGAACAAGAUGAUGUUUUUGACGAUAAAGCCGAUUGUCUUUUACCAAGGUCCCCAAGCGCAGAAAUAGACCUUCUGUUCAGAAUGUCACUCGGCGAAGAAAGCGUAGAUAAUACAUAACUUUAGUAGUUUGUAAAAUGAUAGAGUGAGGUAUGAUAGCGUGCUUUGUAUCGUUAUAUCAAAACACGUAUAUUAGCUAAUGGAAUGCCAAAAAUCGAAAAUAAUACAUACUCUCCGUAUGAAAUUAUUGCAUUUGUCGUUUUGAAAUAGUGAAUCAGGAUUUAUUUGAACUCUGUGUUUUCUACCAUACUAAACCAUGUUCAGUGUAUGCAGCGCAAUGUAUUACUUUUAACCGUGUGCAAUUCUGUGUAUGUGUAUAUAUUAUUUAGGAUUUGAAAUAAGUAAGAUUAACUGAGAGAGAACAUGCAUAGCAAGUCAGUGAAGCCUCUCCAAAUGACAACAGUUUCAAACGGUUAUGUAGAUACACGUUUUAGUCAAUUACGUUUACAUACCAUUCAGUGAUAGGUAUGUUUACCACGGGAAACAUUUGUAUAUUUUUCAUUUAUUGCAUAUUACCUUAUCCAUACCCAUGAGUCAUAAUAUAUACUGUAUACAUAUGUGUGCAUGGACAAUGAUUAGUUACAGUUGUAUGCAUGUAUAACUAUUAAUAGCAUAUGCUAUUAUGCAUGCGGGCAUACCAAUGAAUUCCGCUUGUGUGCAUAUCUAUGAGAAUCGUCAUGUAUACCCACAAAUUAAACCAGCAGUGAAUAGGUAUGUACACCAGUGUCCUUUAUCAGUAUACAUGUAUACCUUUGGGUCUCAUCUGUAUGCGUAUGCAUUAGUUUUAGUAUAUAUAUAGCCACCAGUUAUCUUGUUGCUGUUGUGUCAGUUUGGUUAGUACAACAUAUGUUUAUUGUAGUGGGGUUAUGUCUGUUAUAUCAAUUUAGUUGAUGCAUAUAUGCAUUGAAUAGGACGGGUGUUAUUCACCUAAUACUCUUGUUUACCAUGCAAAGUACAAAAAUGUAAGAAUACUUUUUGUUUAUUAUUAUGGAGUUCAUUUUUAAUGCAACCGGUGAUACGAAUAUAUAUAAUACUCAAUACAUGACGAACUAAUGAAAACAUUUUAAGAGAAAUACUAGACAAUAUGUGGUUUGCUCGGAGGAGAUUGGUUCAUGCAUGUUUGCAAAGCUGCUAUAUAUAAAUACCGGUGCUGUUGGUAAGGACUGUACCGUAUAAAACCACUGAGUGUUAUGUUUACAAUGUAAUAUAAUUCAUGUACGCUUCAAUCAUAGGCAAUUUUUCUUUUUGAACGGUGACUUGAUUGCAGUAUGUACGCAUGCAGUUUUAUAACUCAUUUUUAAGUAUGCAAGUUUAUUAUGUUUUCUUUGUUACAAAUUGCAUUGACAUUUAAAUAAAGCAGUAUUAUUUUCAUC